CGUCUCGUUGUGUUGCUAGGCUUCAGUCAACACGAUGGCGGCGGUGUCUCCCUCAGUGUUUUUACUGUUGGUUAAUGGACAGAUCGAGAGUGCGAAUCUGCCAGAGUUUGAUGACCUCUACUGUAAAUACUGCUUUGUGUACGGCCAUGAUUGGAGCCCAGUGUCGGGCCUGGAGGAGGGCAUAUCCCAGAUCACCUCCAAGAGCAGAGUGACGCAGCAGGACCUUGUGUGGAACUUUCCAAUUGACAUCACCUUCAAGAGUACCAACCCAUUUGGCUGGCCACAAGUGGUGGUCAGUGUCUAUGGCCCAGAUGUCUUUGGCAAUGAUGUGGUUCGUGGAUAUGGAGCGGUUCACAUCCCAAUCACACCUGGAAGGCACAAGAGGACCAUUCCAUUGUUUGUUCCAGAGUCAACAUCAAGAUUGCAGAAGUUCACAAGCUGGUUCCUUGGGAGGCGGCCGGAGUUCACAGACCCAAAAGUUGUUGCACAGGGGGAAGGAAGAGAAGUGACACGAGUGCGAUCACAAGGGUUUCUGACCCUCUCUUUCAACAUUGUCACAAAGGACCUGAAGAAGCUGGGUUAUGAUAUGACGUCGGAAGUGCUCAGUGUUCCUGAGGCCACCUACAGGCCAUGAUGUGUAAAAACCUCUCACAAUUCUUGUGUUAUUUGUAUUUUUGGAAAUAAACCAUUGCCUUUUUU